GUUGAGCCGAGCCUCUACUGCCGCACGCCGGGCCUGCGGGGAGGUGGUGGCCUGCAGCAUGGUGCGGUGUGGAGGAGCGGCGCUGCGGAGGAACUUCAUUGCCAGAGAAAAGCGCUACGUGAGGCAUUUUAUCCGGGCUUUAUCUAGUGGCUCUAAAAUGAAAGCUAAACAGAAUGAAGUGCUGAUGCGAAGCUUUGUGCCUUCUUAGUAUGGAAACUUCAUCGAUGAUUUGCGGCUGUAUGUGAGAGGAGGAACAGGUGGAAUGGGUUAUCCCCGCCUGGGCGGGGAAGGAGGGAGAGGUGGCGAUGUCUGGUUCGUUGCCCAGGAAAGAUCGACCCUAAAGAGCAUGAAGGCGAGGUACCCAAAGAAGCGGUUUGUGGCUGGAACAGGAGCCAACAGCAGCCUUAAAGCACUGAAAGGUGAAAAAGGGAAGGACUGUGAAGUGCAUGUGCCACCAGGGAUUUCAGUUCUUGAUGAUGAUGGGAAGAAGAUUGGAGAACUUAAUGGAGCAGGAGAGAGAUUCCUGGCAGCUCGGGGAGGUCUCGGUGGCUCUUUGGCCACAAACUUCUUGCCUUGCAAAGGUCAGAGGCGAAUUGUUCAUCUUGAUUUGAAACUUAUAGCCGACGUGGGCUUAGUUGGGUUUCCAAAUGCAGGAAAAUCAUCAUUGCUAAGCAAGAUUUCUCAGGCCAAACCUGAGAUUGCAAAUUAUGCAUUUACAACGAUACAGCCUGAGCUAGGAAAGAUCAUGUAUGAAGAUUUUAAACAGAUUUUAGUAGCUGAUCUCCCAGGACUGAUUGAAGGUGCACAUAAGAACAAGGGGAGGGGACACAAGUUUCUCAAACAUGUGGAAAGAACCAAACACCUCCUCUUAGUUGUUGAUGUCGCUGGGUUUCAGCUCUCUAAUAAGACUCAAUUCAGAACAGCCUUUGAAACUGUAUUGCUUCUAACUAAGGAAUUGGAGCUGUACAAUGAAGAACUUCUGACAAAGCCUGCACUGCUUGCUAUUAAUAAAAUGGAUUUGCCGUGUGCAAAAGAUAACCUGAAUGAACUUAUGAAACAAUUACAGAAUCCUGAAGACUUCUUACACUUACUAGAGGAAGAAGCGAUUCCUGAGAACACAAUUGAUUUCAGAGAUAUAAUUCCUAUAUCUACAUAUAGUGGAGAGGGAAUUGAGGAACUAAAAGCAUGUGUAAGAAGAUCACUAGAUGAGGAAGCAGAGCAGGAGAAUGAAGAAUAUCGGAAAAAGAAACUAUCACUUUUACACAGUUCAGGAGAACAGAUGAAUAAAGGCUAGCAUUCUUGACUAGAUUUUAAUAUAUUUUUGUAUGUUCAUGAACUCAUUGCUACAUGGACCUUCCUUUUUAUUUUUGUUCCCUCUACCAUCACUGCCCAGUUCCCUACUGCAUUGCCUCAGUUCCUUUUGGUGCUUAGCUAGAGCGCAAUGCUGAACAGAGCAGGUUUUCAGGUUUAUGCUGACUACUGACUGAACAAAGCAGAGAACAAAGUGCAGCUCAAAGCAUUGCCUAACAGUUGAUGAACCCUGAAAUAUUGUUUGCCACACACGGAUGAACAGAAGAAAUAAAACCUAUGGAGGUAGCAAAAGAGCAACUUGAACCACUUGUACCUUUUGUCAUGAAUCACAGAUGCACCUGGGGAAAUCUCUGAUGGAGGAAUUUUCCAGGUUCCAUUGCUUCAGAGGUGAACCGGUACUGCUGCUCUGACAGAUGGUAGGUUUUUGUUAGUUUUAAAGAUCUAAAGGAGAACACAAAUAAGUAGUCAGUCACAAGAAAGCAACAUGUAGGAGCAUGGAAAAGCAAGGCUGAUGCCUGCUGGUUUGUUUUCCACACCUGCUGGUGCCUGCUGUACUUUUCUUCAUUACGUAAACCCUGAUCCUAUAUUCCCAAACCUAAUUUGGCAGUUCUCCCUUUUGUGGAGGUGUGGUGGAGAAAAUGAAGGCUGCUUUUCAGCAGAGCCCCGUGUUUUGGGGAUUGGAUUUUACAAGCAGCAUGUUUAAAAGGUAAAAUGUUAAAAUAAAAGUCGUUUGUUGUA